GUCACGGUUUUGGCGCCCGCAGUCUCUUGGGUGUACACUAUUAGGGACUCGGUACGAAGGCACCAGUGUCCCCCCGUCCGUCGGUCAAUUUGAGCCUCGUGUUGGAUACAUACAUAGGGAAGAAGACCUACUCGGACUUGCGGUUUCCCUCUUUGUUUUGCACUUGACGCUCUUCUCGGUGACGACUCGAUCGGAGCGAGCCUGUUCUUACUGGGUUCUACUAACCGGUGAUUUGGAACUGCUGCGAGGAGAGAUACUGAGAGGAUGCCGUUCGUUUCUGCGGCGUUGGUUUCUGUGGUUGGACGGGCUGCUGUGGAUACGGCCGCGACGGUGCAUAAAUUGAGGCAGACGCAGAUCAACCACUACGCCGCCAUCUCUCGAGUCGCCCUCUUGGCCUACGAUAUCCUCCUCAAUCUCGGACGGGAGAAGGAGUACGUGUGGGACCGCAAGUUCAGGAUGUCGUCCGUGCUGUAUUAUAUGACGCGGUAUCCCGUCGUGGCGUAUCAAGUGUUCAAUGUGUGCUAUUCGACGACGACGCCAAACUGCGACGCGAUCGACAAAGCGACAUGGGCGAUCUCGCUCGUGCUCACUCGGAUUUCCAUCUCAGCUUCCUUCGUCCUCCGCGUCUACGCGGUGAUGCAGCGGGACUUUUUCGGGAUUUUCGGUGUCGUGCUGUUGUCGCUGAUUGGCGUCCUGGCGGUCGUGCUUGAUAUCAUUCAAGAUACGGAAGCGUCUUGCACGCAGGCGUCUAACCCAUUGUCGACGGUGCUCACGUUCAUCACCCUCAUAUGCUUCGACAUCCUCGCCACCGGCAUGCUCGCCUGGCGGAUCUUCCAGAUCAUACGUGACAGCGGCGGGUUCAGCAACUUGAGCAGUUCGCGGAUGUCGGGACUAUUGGCGCGGUCUGGCGCGAUAUAUUAUAUAGUGAUCACGGCGUUGCAGCUCGGAUCUGUCAUUCUUUAUUUCCUACCACAGGGCGUCUACAGCACGGUCCUUAACAACUACACACUCCUCCUCUCCUCAAUCCUCGUCUCCCGCUUCCUCCUCGACCUCCGGCAAAUGAUCCACGGACCCCCCUCUUCUGGCACCGGCUCCUCCGCCGGCGUCGUCCCCGCACACGGGCGCAAACGACGCGCAGGGACCGGAGCAGGAGGUGGAGCAGGGGGUGAUGGAGAAGGGAGAGGAGGUGGAGGGAGAGGAGGAAGAGGGGCGGGGACGACGAGCACGAUUCAGUUCGCUGCGAACCCUGUGCGGGGAGGAAGGGGGAAAGGACGGCAGCAACAUGAGGAUCCGUCGGAGACGUAUUUCGAUCCGGAGGCGGGCCUAGGGACAUAUUCGGAUCCGAGCUCGAGGACGGAGACGAAUCCUAGCUCGAGGACGAACCCGAGGACGAGAAAGGAGGGAUUGGGGGCAGGGCUAGGGGCGGGAGUGGGAGUGUUGGGUACGGGGACGAUGGAGCUUAUUAGGGAUUUUGAAGAUCCGGUUGGGUUGGAUGGGUAUUCAUAUCGGAAUUCUUACGAGGACGGGGAUUAUGAAUAUGAUGAUGGGAUUGACAUUGAAAUGGAUGUGGCGGAGGGAGAGGGACAGGUGAAUUCUUCGGCGUGGCCGUUGGAGGAGUUGGUGGGGCGGGCGAGGGUUGUUGAGGAGAGGUUGGGAGCAGGAGGAGGGGGGCAAGAGGAGGAGUGGGAGGAGGUGAGUGUUGAGAGGAGGGUGUGAGUGAGUGAGUGAGUGACUGUGUGGUGGUGUAUAUUGGUUCGAUGGUUUUGGUUUGGGUAUUUAUCUUAUCUGCUUGUUUGUUUGUUUGUUUGUUUGUUUGUUUGUGUGUUGUGCUCCCCGGAUGUAACUUAACUUAUACCCAUCACAAUGCGGAUUUU